UCCCAUGACUGGUUUGAACGGCCCUAUUUAGAGGGAAUACUGUGUAAUCAAUUUUUCGAAGUAAUAAUUUUCAAUCAUAAUGUACAGUUUGGAAUGAAUGUUAAAAUGCAGCCAAACAUGUGGUGUUGCCUUCUUAAUCUUGCUAUCAAAAAGUAAGCCUUAAUCAAAAAUGUCUUUUGCACAAUAUUUAGACAAUUUUACUAAUAAUAUAUUACAUCAUUGAGCUGGAGUCCUCGCAAUAAAAGAUGACGGCAGGUGAAUUUUCAAACAUGGACAAGAAAGAGAAACGCGGGCGCAGAAACCCUAAAGAAACAGCGAAUUUUCUGAGCUGGUUGUGUUUCGGGUGGACGUUACCCAUUUUUUCCAAAGGAGUCAAACGCGGCUUGCAGAUAUCAGAUUUAUACGAUCCCCUGAAAGCUAAUAGAUCCGUUGGUCUCGGUGACCGUUUGGAAAUCUUUUUUGUAUCACCUACAAGGGAAUGGAAUAAGGAAUUAACGAAGAUGGAAAAACACCCAAACUCAAAGAGACAGCCAAGUUUGGUGUGGGCACUGUUCAGGAUGUUUUGGGUUCCGUUCAUGCUGCAAGGAGUGCUUUUCGUGGUUCUGUUGCUCGGACUGAAAAUCUUAGAGCCAAUAUGCCAGAGAUGGAUUAUCAGCUACUUCGAUUCCGGGGAAAAGUUGAUGCCCCAAAACGAAGCUCUCCUCUACGUUCUCACUUUGACUUUACUCACUCUCGGUAUAAUAUUCAUCGAUCAUCACAACACUCUGCGCACUCAGGAACUUGGAAUGUGCAUCAGGAUUGCGUGCUGUUCGAUGAUAUACAGAAAGCUUCUACGUCUCCAUUUGACCACGGUGAAGAAUGCUGCUGCGGGAAAAGUUGCCAAUUUGAUAAGUAACGAUGUGGCUCGAUUUGACGAUGUUCUAAACUAUCUUCACCUUGUUUGGAUCAUGCCGUUACAGACGAUAUUGAUAGGAUAUGUGAUAUGGCAGUCUGUGGGCAUAGCAACGUUAGCCGGGGUGGCAGCGAUGAUAAUUCAGACUUUGCCAGUCCAAUCGUACCUGACCCACAUGAGCGCGAAGCUGCGAUCGAAGAUUGCAGACAGAACUGACGAGAGAGUACAGAUCAUGAGCGAGAUGAUUUCCGGGAUACAGGUAGUUAAGAUGUAUGCAUGGGAAAAACCGUUCGAACUGAUAGUAUCCAGAGUUCGAAAAUUGGAGAUUAAAUUGAUUGCUCACUCGUCUUACCUGAGAGCAGCAUUUGUCGGCAUGAUAGAACUCACGGGACGAGGCACAAACUACGUAACUAUGAUAACGUUUGCACUGAUGGGUCAUCUUCUGACUGCUGAAAUAGUGUUUCCUGUGGCUACUCUACUCAAUACACUGCGAGUAACAUGUGCCGCGGAACUGCCGACAGCAGUUACCUCGGCUGGUGAGGCCGCUGUGUCUUUGAGAAGAAUAACGGAAUUCUUACUGUUGGACGAAGUAAAAGGAAUGGAAUGUGUCGAAAGUCCAGUCCCUAAAGGCCUGGUAAAAAAUAAUGCCAAUAAUGUGACAAAUGUUAUACUCAAGAAUGAGGCAGAUGUCGAAAUGAAGUCUCUUCUGCGAAACGAAAGAAAAUCCGUGGUCAAAAUUGAGCAAACUGAGGACAGUGGAAUAGAGAUUGUGAAAAACAGAACAGGUGAUGAGUCGAGGCAUGAAAUUGGUGUCGAAUUGGUCAAUGUUGCUGCAAACUGGAUUAUCGAACAGCUGCCACCAACUUUAUGCGAAGUGUCGUUGAAAAUAAAGAGUAAAUCGCUUUCCGUUGUCGCGGGGCCUGUUGGCUCAGGAAAGUCAUCAUUGCUGCAUCUGCUCCUAGGCGAGUUGUCGGUCGGAGCUGGCAGAGUGUCGUUUAGCAGUGGCGGUGGCAGUAAGAAGACUAGAAUCAAUAGCCGAGAUAUUCGCAUAUCUUACACCAGUCAAGUUCCAUGGCUUUUUUCGGCCUCCAUACGCGACAACAUUUUAUUUGGCCAGCCCUACGACGAAAAACGAUACCAAGAAGUGACAAGAGUUUGCGCGCUCGUUAAAGACUUCGAGCAGCUGCCUCAGGGGGACCUGAGCUUUGUUGGGGAGAGAGGAGCCUCUCUGUCAGGAGGCCAAAAAGCUCGGGUCAAUCUGGCCAGAGCCGUUUACAAAGACGCUGAUCUUUACUUGCUCGACGAUCCUCUGAGCGCUGUUGAUGCUCACGUCGGUCGUCAUUUGUUUGAAAAAUGCCUCAAAGGUUUUCUGAAUGGCAAAACCCGGCUUCUGGUUACUCAUCAGUUGCAAUUUCUACAGCACGUUGACAAUAUCAUUUUUAUCGACCGUGGUACCGUCGUGCUUCAAGGAACUUACGAUGAGAUAGCCGAUGCUGGCCUACAUGUAUUAGAUUUUCUAAAAACAGAAAAAACUGACGAAAAUGAAGAAGCGCAAGACAGACACGAGGACAACAUAACCGAAAAGACAACGCAUACAGCUGCAACUGACAUUUUUGAGCCAAUCGAACCUUCUGAAAGUAUUGAAGAAUCGGAGAAGCUCAGCGACGAAAAGGUCGCGACGGGAAUAAUAUCCACAGGGAUAUACAAGAGUUAUUUCUUGGCAGGGGGAAAUAUUUGUUCGUUGAUCUUUCUCGUUAUAAUUUUCAUAAUAGCUCAAGUAAUGAUAAGUGCUAGUGAUUAUUGGCUAACCUACUGGACGAAUCACAAUAUUCUUAAAGAUCGGUUGCAAUCAAACGAUUCCAUUGCUAAUGAAGAAGCUAAAUCGAAUUGGUUUAAUGAGGACGGGCUGCUUCGUACAGACGUUGCGAUUCAAGUGUGUACAGCGUUAUUCAUAGCCAGCAUUUUCUUCCUCAUGCUGCGCGGCUUUCUCUUCAUGAGAACUUGCAUGAACGCCAGUUGCAACAUACACAACUCCAUGUUUUCAAACCUUUUAUGUGCGCCAAUGAGAUUCUUCAAUACGAAUCCGGCUGGAAAAAUCUUGAACCGAUUUUCGAAGGACGUGGGUGCAAUGGAUGAAUUCUUACCAAAAGCAAUGCUAGAGGCACUUCAGAUUUUUUUCGCCAUUAUUGGAAUCUUCUGUAUUGUGAUAUUCUUCAUACCCUUGGCGAUUGUGCCCGUGAUUAUCAUUAGUGGAGUUUUGUAUUUAGUGACGAUCACGACCCUCAAGACUGCCCAGAGCAUCAAACGACUGGAAGGAAUUGCCAAGAGUCCAGUUUUCUCGCAUGUCGGUUCUACUCUGGACGGAUUAACGACAGUACGAAGCAGUGGUGCGAAGAUCAUAGACAUGCUGCGGCAGGAAUUUGAUCUUCGCCAAGAUUUGCACACUGGUGCAUGGUAUAUGACAAUUGCUACGUCGACUGCCUUCGGAUUCGCCCUCGAUAUGCUUUCGUGCUUUUUCACGAGUUUCGUUUGCUUCUCGUUAAUCCUUUUGGACGAUGGCAAUUUUCUGAGCGGAUCUGCGGGUCUGGUGAUUACACAAUGCUUGCUUAUGACUAGCACACUGCAAUUUGGAGUGAAGAAAUUUGCCAUGGUGGUUUCGCAGAUGACUUCAGUGGAGAGAAUUCUUCACUAUACUGAUUUACCCAAAGAAGGACCGUUCAUCACUGACAAACCUCCGCCGUCUACUUGGCCUUCUAAGGGUGACUUGGUCUUCAAUCGUGUAUCGAUGAGAUACGCUGACGACAAACCACCAGUAUUGAAGGAUGUCAGCAUGAAUAUAAAGCCCGGGUGGAAAGUUGGCAUAGUGGGAAGAACCGGGGCUGGGAAAUCUUCCCUCAUCUCGGCACUGUUCCGUUUGACUGGAGAUGGACUGGAAGGUGACAUCUUUCUGGACGGAAUAGAUACGAAGACGAUCGGAUUGCAAGAGCUGCGCCCCCGCAUUUCGAUCAUACCCCAGGAGCCAAUCUUGUUCACAGCAAGUCUUCGCUACAACUUGGAUCCAUUUGAUGAAUACUCGGAUUCAGAGUUGUGGGAUAGUCUACGGGAAGUAGAACUUGGGGACUCGGUAUCGUCCCUCGACUUUCAAGUACACGAGGGCGGUGCUAAUUUCAGCGUAGGACAGCGCCAGUUGAUUUGCUUGGCCCGAGCAAUCCUCAGAAACAAUCGGCUUCUCGUGCUCGAUGAAGCUACUGCGAACAUCGACCGAAGCACCGACGCUCUUAUCCAGAGUACCGUAAGACGGAGAUUUUCUGAUUGUACGGUACUAACGAUAGCCCAUCGAUUGAAUACGGUAAUGGACAAUGAUCGAGUCUUGGUCAUGGAUGGAGGUUGCAUCGUGGAAUUCGGUCCUCCAAAUUUGCUGUUGGAAAAUCCAAAUGGUCUCUUUACGCAAAUGCUGAAACAAACUUCACAAAGAACCUCGGAAAAUCCUUCCUAGUUUUCACGAUUGAUGGCACGGAUCAUCACAGUGAUGGCGAAUCUUCUGUGAUGGAGAAUUAGCUUCAUAACUAUUUCAGACUCAAUACACACGAUAAAAAAAAAUCCUACAGCACAGAUCGUGAUCCUAUAACAGCACCUAUGUAAUCAUUUGAAAGAAAUUCAUUUCAUAAUAAAAUAAUAUUCAACGUUUCUGAA